AUAAAUUCGAUCGUUGCGAAUACCAUGUAGCCCCUAUUAAAGUGUCUGCUUUUGAAGAUAGCAUCAUUACGUCGGUGUAAGCUGUAAUAAAGGCAAGCCUCUUUCAGGGUAAACAAAAGAUUAAGUAAACAAACCUAGCAGCAUUCAAAACUGACACGAUGUGCUAUCAGUAUAGGUAAAUUAAGCAUCGAAAAUUACCCCCGUUUGUCAGCAAAUUCUUUGAUUGGCCUUGUUAUCGGUAAAGAUAAGCUGAAAUUGUUCAGUACACCUAGUCUAAGCAAUGUGAUAGUACGCCAGUUAGCAUUCUGUGGCUUUCCGACUCGGUUAUUCCAUUCGUGAUGUAUAUAACGUUUCCACUUUCAUAUCGAUUAACGCCAAAGUAUCCUUAUAAAGUACUGCAUCGAAUAAAACUAGAUUGAAAGUGAAUUACUAAUGCUAUUAAUAAUGUUCUGCUUGGCAUUUAACCUACUAGAACAGAAAGUGAAAAAAGGUGAAUAAAAUGACACAUAACGGAUUUUCAAACCAUCACGAACAAGAGCUUGUAGCAGGCAACAUCGAUGGACACACUAAUGGAAUUCACGAUAAUGAUGACGAAGCUAAAAAUCAUACUAAAUUCGAUACCUUAUGGAACACAAAGAUCUCGAACACUACGUCGUUUAUCAUCGUUUCCAAGUUUCUGGCGGAAUUUUUGGAACAGCAACGCUCAUGUUUCUCGGCUGUAUGGGCUGCCUGGAUGGUUUUGACAACGUUACAACCAACUUAAGCCGAGGCAUCAUUUUUGGCUUCACCGUUAUGGUUGUGAUCCUCACGUUUGGUGUUGUAUCAGGAGCACAUAUAAAUCCAGUGGUUUCCAUAGCCGCUUACAUCUAUGGUGAUCUUUCUGGCACAAUGGUAUUAUUUAUUUGUACUUUAUAG